GAUAGACAGUCUGAGACACCCCUGAUAAAAUAAAGCUCGUCAAUGGUCUCGUCUCAUAGAUUACCCACGCUCCCCCUUUGCUCAAGUUAACCUUUCCCCAACUGCAGCAGUUGCUUUCCUUUCGUAUCUUCUAAAACGGUAACAUAUAUCGGGACAGUUGGAUCACCCACUCGAUCCACCGCCUAUUUCCACCGGCCUCCGAUCCUCUGGUAAUAAAUUCAUAAGCAUCCUUUUUUUUAUAUAUGGAAAUCUCUAACGGUUAUCUGAACAAAUCUCAUCACAACACCUCUUUUGCUGCUACUUCUCAGCGAGACGUCACUUACAGAUGUGGGUCUUGUGGAUACGACUUGAACUUGAGUUCCUCGGCACGCAAUACCUCGACCAUUGGUUCCAAAUACGGGAAAUCCAUAAAGACGGGAAUGAUAUCGUUCUUCUGCAUCGAUGAGAGUAGAUUCACUCUAGUAGAGGAGUUCCAGUGUGUGCCCUACUUCAUCUCAAAACACUUUUGGGGUUUGUUUAGCAGGAAAACCAAACUUCUUUGUCGUAAGUGUAAUAACCACAUCGGAAAUGCUUAUGAAGACAAUACCUCAUCAUACCCUCUUGUAGAAGAUGGAUCAGAUUCGGCCUCGACCACUCAGAUCUCUUCCUACAGAAAAUAUGAUGUUAGAAUCCGAGCCGUCCAACCUUCUUCAUCCGUGGAACCUGGCCAUGCGAUUGGCGUCUGAUAUCUUCAUCUCUAAACACUUUUAUGCUUCCUCUUCCUCUUCCUCUUCCUCUUGUGGUAUGAUGCAUACAUGCUUAAGCUGUGAGUAAUUUUUUGGGUUAAUAGUACAGUUUCAUAUUUCAUGUAGUAUAUAUAUAUAUAUACACCUCUAGCUUGAUUUGGUUAGUUAAUUACUCUAAAUGUCAGUGUUGACACCUCCAUUCAUGUAUAUUUGAUGAUUCUUAAUAGUUAUGUUAAACUAGAGUGAGUGUAUUUUUGAGAUUCA